CAACACGCUAAACCUAGCUUCUCCACAAUCUCAUCUAAACUUUCGCUCUUUCACUCUGCCUCUCCACAAUCUCAUCCAUCUUUCACUCUGCCUCUGAGUUUGUUUGUUUUUUUUUUUGUGAUUCCACUCCGCGCGACAAUGGAUACUGAAUCGUUCAGACUCGAUGUUAAUCUAGCCGCUACGUCUCAAGAUCGGUCGUUAGGGUUAUUAAGCACGGUGAAAAUCACUGUAAAGAGAGGGUACUUCGAGGAGUUUAUCAUAGAGAACAACGAUGAUCAUCAAAGCAUCAAGAGUGUCGGAUCUUACCGGAAUUCUCCACCAGGUCCAGACUCAGAAUUCAUUCUGAAACUCCGAACCUUCGAGCCAAACGACGUCUAUCGAACUCUCCAUCGCCAACUCCACGAUAAUCUCUUGUCCGAAUACAUAGCCGAUGAGAUUGUUGUCCAAGCCCUACGACAAACAAGCAAAAGUUCUAACUUGCCACAACAACAACCUUUAUUCAUAACAGGCACUGUCAAACUGACACAGAAGGUGUACAACGUUGUGCCUUGUUACUCUGCUCCGUCGGCAACAAAUUUGGAGAGUACUUGUGCCAUCUGUUUGGAUGAUCUGGAUCUGUCUAGAACCGAGGUUUACUGCCAGAUGCCUCACUACUCGCAUUGUUAUCAUGAAUAUUGUUUCAAUAAGUGGAGAGAUCGACAUAAUCAGCAAGAUUGCUCAUGCCCUCUCUGUCGCAAACUAGUUGAUCAACGACCGGCGUGAAACGGA